AUGUCCGUUGCGACGAUGCUUCAACCUGCGUCUAGACAAUCUCGGGCUUCUUCCUCCUCUUCCUCCUCGUUUCAACCUGUUGCACGACAAAACACAAUGUCGUCACACGACACUCGGUCGCUCCGCCAAUCGAAGCGGAUGUCAGUCACGGCCUUAUACCUGUCCAUGUCCGCGAAGGACAGGGAUCUGGAGAUUUCCGAUGACUUGGCACGAGCUCAAAAGCACCUACGAGACCUGAAAUCAAGGAUCUCCUCACAAUCUAAGAAAAACUUUGUGUUGGAAAAAGAUGUGCGAUACUUGGACUCGCGGAUCGCAUUGCUCAUUCAGAACCGAAUGGCGUUGGAAGAACAAAAUGAAGUCGCUAGCCACCUUGAUGAUACCGCAGACCCGCAGGAAGGGUUCUUCCCGAACGAUGAACGAACCCAGAAAUACGGCAAUCUACUUUUCCUCCUUCAAUCCGAACCCCGCCACAUCGCUCAUCUUUGCCGACUUGUUUCCAUGGCCGAAAUCGAUUCCCUCCUCCAGACUGUCAUGUUCACCAUCUACGGAAACCAAUACGAGAGUCGCGAGGAGCAUCUCUUGCUCACCAUGUUCCAGUCCGUUCUCACAUACCAAUUUGACAACACUCCAGAGUACUCGUCCUUGUUGCGCCAGAACACCCCCGUUUCUCGCAUGAUGACUACAUAUACGCGCCGUGGUCCCGGUCAGAGUUACUUAAAACAGGUUCUAGCAGACCAGAUCAAUGCUCUGAUUGAAUUGCGUGACGUCGAUUUGGAGAUUAACCCAUUGAAGGUGUACGAGAGCAUGAUUAAACAAAUUGAGGAAGAAACCGGUUCCCUUCCGGACUACUUGGCCCGGUCUGUGACUGCUGAAGAUGCUGCCGAAAAUGCACAAGUACAGGCCAUCAUUACCCCACGCCUAAAGAUGUUGACAGAUAUUGCGAAUGGAUUUAUCACAACCAUCAUCGAGUCGGUGGACGAGGCUCCCUACGGGAUUCGCUGGAUCUGCAAGCAGAUUCGAAGUCUGUCGCGCCGAAAGUACCCCGAUGCCCAGGAUCAAACAAUUUGUACCCUCAUUGGUGGUUUCUUCUUCCUGCGUUUUAUCAACCCGGCCAUCGUUACCCCUCGUUCCUACAUGCUGAUUGACGCAACCCCAACGGAAAAGCCGCGCCGUACCCUCACGUUGAUCGCAAAGAUGAUUCAAAACCUGGCAAACAAGCCGUCCUACGCCAAGGAGCCCUACAUGGCCACUUUGCAGCCUUUUAUUCAGCAGAACAAGGAGCGUGUGAACAAGUUCCUGCUUGAUCUGUGUGAAGUACAGGAUUUCUAUGAGAGUCUCGAAAUGGACAACUACGUGGCUCUGUCCAAGCGUGACCUGGAGCUCCAAAUUACCCUCAACGAAAUGUACGUCAUGCACGGUCUCUUGGAGAAGCACAGUGCGGCUCUUGCUCAGGACCAGUACUCUCACUUGUCUGUGUUACUACAAGAAUUAGGUGGUGCUCCCCCUCAGGUUCCCCGCAAGGAGAAUCGAACAAUCACUGUACCUUUGUUCAGCAAAUGGGAAACCGCCUUGGAUGAUUUAACAGCCGCUCUCGAUAUUACCCAAGAAGAGGUGUUCUUUAUGGAGGCCAAGUCAACAUUUGUCCAGAUUCUCCGAUCUCUACCACAGAACACAUCAGUCGCUCGUCGCCCAUUGCGCCUCGACCGUAUUGCCGAGGCCGCAGCGACUCUGAAAAACGAUGCUGUGAUGGUGCGCAAGGGCAUCCGGACCAUGGAACUGCUCAGCCAACUGCAAGACAUGGGCGUCAUUGACCGCUCCGAUGAGUUCAGUCUCCUCCGCGACGAAGUGGAACAGGAGCUGGUGCACCUAGGUUCUCUCAAGGAGAAGGUAUUAGAUGAGACGCGCAAGCUCGAGGAGGUUUUCGCGACAAUCCGCGACCAUAACGCUUAUCUGGUUGGCCAACUGGAGACCUAUAAGUCUUACCUUCAUAACGUGCGCAGCCAGUCUGAGGGAAAGACUCGCGGCGGCAAGACGCCAAAGAACCAAGAACUUGGACCAUACAAGUUUACCCACCAGCAACUUGAAAAGGAAGGCGUCAUUCGACGUAGUAAUGUCCCGGAAAACCGUCGUGCCAACAUCUAUUUCAUGUUCAAAAGCCCAUUGCCAGGAACGUUCGUCAUCAGCCUUCAUUACAAGGGCCGAGCCCGUGGAUUACUCGAGCUUGAUCUCAAGCUUGACGAUCUCUUGGAGAUGCAAAAAGACAACCUUGAAGACCUCGAUCUGGAAUAUGUCCAGUUCAAUGUCACCAAGGUGCUUGCGCUCCUCAACAAACGAUUUGCACGAAAGAAGGGAUGGUAA